GUGGAUUCCUCCUUUGUGCCAUUGCAAUGUUUCUUGUGAUAUUCCCAAUGUUUACUUUUCCAAAAAAGCUUCCACCUCGACACAAGAAAAAGAAAAAGAAAAAAUUUUCUGCUGAUGUUGUUAGUGAUGACGAUGUUAUGAAGGAGAAAUCAAACAAUAGUGAACAAGUGGACAAAAAAGUUUCUUCCAUGGGAUUUGGAAAGAAUGUCAGAGACCUACCAAGAGCAGCUGUCAGGAUCUUAAGCAACAUGACAUUCCUUUUUGUGAGUUUGUCAUACACAGCUGAGAGUGCCAUUGUAACUGCUUUCAUUACCUUCAUUCCCAAGUUCAUCGAGUCACAGUUUGGUAUCCCAGCUUCCAAUGCCAGCAUCUACACUGGUGUUAUUAUCGUUCCCAGUGCUGGUGUUGGCAUUGUCCUGGGAGGCUAUAUUAUUAAAAAAUUGAAACUUGGUGCCAGAGAAUCUGCAAAACUAGCAAUGAUUUGCAGUGGCGUGUCUUUACUGUGCUUCUCAACGCUGUUUAUUGUUGGAUGUGAAAGUAUUAAUCUUGGGGGCAUAAACAUCCCUUAUACCACAGGACCCUCUCUCACCAUGCCUCACAGGAACCUGACAGGAAGCUGCAAUGUGAAUUGUGGUUGUAAAAUCCAUGAGUAUGAGCCAGUCUGUGGGUCAGAUGGAAUUACAUAUUUUAACCCCUGUCUGGCUGGCUGUGUUAACAGCGGUAAUCUGAGCACCGGGAUACGAAAUUAUACAGAAUGCACCUGUGUUCAAAGCCGACAAGUCAUCACCCCACCCACGGUGGGGCAGCGAAGUCAGGUCCGCGUGGUUAUCGUCAAAACGUAUCUCAACGAGAACGGCUACGCUGUGUCCGGGAAAUGUAAACGAACCUGUAACACCCUUAUCCCGUUCUUAGUUUUUCUGUUCAUCGUCACCUUCAUUACAGCGUGUGCCCAGCCAUCAGCCAUCAUAGUGACACUCAGGUCUGUAGAAGAUGAAGAGAGACCUUUUGCACUGGGAAUGCAGUUUGUUUUACUGCGAACACUUGCGUACAUCCCUACCCCCAUUUACUUCGGAGCGGUUAUUGACACGACCUGCAUGCUCUGGCAACAGGAGUGCGGUGUGCAGGGCUCCUGCUGGGAGUACAACGUGACAUCCUUCCGAUUUGUCUAUUUCGGUUUGGCGGCUGGCCUCAAAUUCCUUGGCUUUAUUUUUAUUUUUCUGGCCUGGUACUCCAUCAAAUACAAGGAAGACGGACUGCAGAGGCAGAGGUGGAGAGAAUUCCCUCUGAGCACUGUGAGCGAGAGAGUGACCCGUCCCGACAGUGCCGACAAGCACGCCCGGACUAGAUCCUGCCCGGCUUUCAGCACCCAGGGAGAGCUGCAGGAAGAGACGGGCCUGCAAAAAGGGACCCAAUGCACAGCACAGACCUAUGCGGGGCCCUUCCCUGAAGCAAUAAGUUCCACUGCAGACCCAGGGCUGGAAGAGAGCCCGGCGACCAUGUAGCCUCCCUCCUGAAGCUUGAACCUGGAAGACUUCCGUUUUGUUGGUUGAAUUGACUAUGGCGACUUGAGAAACACCCGUGCCUUCUUUUCUUUCUUUCGAAAACCAACAAAACUCAGUAUACACAGCCACUACUGAUUGAGGGCUGGAUACCUCAACAAGACUGAGAGCCUUUUCCUUCUUCUAAGAAAGAGGAGUUUAGAUAAAUUCCUUGCCGUUCCCGGAUGUUAAUUUAACGCUCACGCUCCAGUAGGGUCUAAGGCGGAAGGACAUGGUAAACACAGUCCCGGGGCGGGUAAAGGCGGUGCAUAUCAUUAGCAUACACUCCAAACCAAGAGAAGGGAGCUUG